AUGGGGAUGUCUAAAAUUAUCAAAGUUAUCGUCUCUCUGGCUCUUGUGGUGUUCUUGGCUCUUGCAGCAACCAAGAUAGAAGCAGAGGCCGUAGAUUAUGAUGUCCUUAUACAUGGAAAUACCAAGGCUUGUGAUACAAACAAACAUCCACACGGCUGCCCGAUGGAAAAAGUCAAUCGUUACCGCAUAGGAUGCCAUCCAAGCCAACAUUGCCGUACGUGA